AUUUUUCAGCACUGUUUGUGUUUGCGCCAAAGCAAAGAAGCAACAAAUCAGACAAGUGCGGGUGAAGGUGCACACGAUACAUCCAUCCUCCUCCAUCCUCCUCCAUCGAACAGACUCUCGCUGUUUGUCGCUCGCUCGGCCUGGACAGGGAGCCGCGAGCAUGUCGUCGUCGUUGAGCAGCGUGAAUAUGUCGCCAGACAAGCUGCGGCUGAUGGCCUCCGGCCUGACGAACGCACGGAAGGAUUACGACCAAAAGUGGGAUGCCACUCUGACCAGCCUGGACACGCUCAAGCAAGCCAUUGCCAAGUGUCGUGCGCAGGUCAAAGAGAACCCAUCGAAGACGAAGCAGCUCUUGAAGUCAACGAACAAGGCAGCCAAGCGUGCGGCCAAGACGGUAUCACGAGAGCACAAGGUUGGAUAUCAGGCUCUAUCCAAGUACUCGGAUUUUGUUGAUCAGUCGUUUGUAUCUGGAACAACCGUCUCAUCACUGGCAAAUCCAGACGCCUUUGAGGACGUGACAGACUCCGUACAGCGGAUCAUUGCUGAGCACUUUGCGCUUGAAGGCCUCUUUGAUGCAAGCCAGGCAUUUUACGAGGAGACGGGUGUUGGCUCAACGGAAUCCCUGGAUCAGUUUCGCUCCUUCCAUCACAUCACCGACGCCCUUCACAAGCAGAACAUUGCGCCGUUUGAAAGGUGGUUGCAUGAGAACAUGGGCCGUUUGUCCGGAGCUGCCGCCAGCAAGAUGAUGCUGCAUUACGUCAAACACCGCUUCGUCCACAUGAUUGCACACAAUCAGACGACUGAGGCGCUUGCAUUUGCACACCAACACAUGGGCCCGCUCUACAUCGAGCACAGCGAAGGAAACGAGUCCUUUGGCGCUAUGACGAAAUGGUACGACGACGAUGUCGUCCCGGUUCAGGUUCCCGUCAACCAGGACAAGCAGUGUCACUCCGUCUUUGUCUGCCCGGUGUCAAAGUAA